AUGCGUCUCGCGAACAAGGAAGUGCCCAGAAACAUUAAGACGGCUCUGCAACCUCGCGGCGACGAGUCGUUCAAUGUGAAUUCCAAUUUUAUGAGAAUCAAAGGCGAUAUCACCGUUGUCAGCUUCUACGAACAGGUUCCGAGGUUUCCUACGCAGCAUCUUGUCGUUGAUAAGGACUCUGCCGUGCUGCAUUGUGAAUUCUCGGAGAAUUUCCCCGUUGCAAGGGACCACGAACACCUUGUGCGGUUCGAAAACAUUGAGGAUGAUGCCUUUCUCAGUUUAUACGAGACUUUACAACGCAAGAUUACUCACCUAAUCGAGGAGAGAGCCCAUACGUCACGAAAUAGGUAUACGCAGCAAAUGAUGCGCGCGUGCCUCAAGAGCUUGGGAGACGAAGCCUCUUCGCCAACAAAUUGGAGCAACCUCAAAGAGCCGCAUCAUAAGACACUCGGGUGGCUGUGGGAUAAUGGCAGUGACCUGAAGCGUUGGCUGCAGACUGGUUCAGGUCUGUUCGCUAUUACAGGUAAACCGGGGAGCGGGAAAUCAGUGCUCAUGAACGAAGUCUCAAAUCGACUACGGAAGAAUUACCGCCAUGCCUAUGCCGCCAUCGUCCAGCAUUCGUUCAAUUCGAGAGGUGCGCCACACGAACAUUCGUUUGACGGGUUCCUCUCCUAUGCGGUGGUGCAAAUCAUCAGGCAGUGUCCCGCCGCCUUUGAUUCCAUAAUUGACGACUUUACAUGGGUAGCUACCGACUGUGGGCUUAGCAUCUCCGAACUCUCUACCCUCACAGAUAUCUCUCAAGUCAAGUGGACCACUGGCCAUCUUAGACAUGUCCUGAGAACAAUUGUCCGCGAAGCAUCACAGAAGUCUCGAGUAUGUUUCCUCCUCGAUGCACUCGACGAAUGCGACGAGGGUGUUGCCAGUCAUACAGAGUUGAUCGGCUUCCUUAACAGCCUGUGCACAGCAGCCGCCAUGGAUGGCGUGUGCGUGUGCCUUGCCUCGCGGGAGAUGCCAACCAUUGCGCUUUCAAGCUUUCCGCGAGGCUUUCGGAUGGAAGACCGUAAUUGGAUCGAUAUAGCUGCGUAUAUUAACGACACAUGGCAAAAGCUCUUGCCUUUGGUGAGCGCUGGUGGGGAUAGCAUGAAGAACAUGAAGGCCAAAUUGAUCAGCAGGGCGGACGGCGUGUUUCUCUGGGCUCAUCUCGCGCUAGAAAGAGUGCACAACGCUCUUCUAGAUGGCGCAACUGUUGCCGAGUUGUCCAAGGCGGUGGAUGAAAUCCCGGAUAAGCUCGAGAACCUCUUCGCCUUACUUCUCGGUAAUAUUGAGCAACGGUAUAUGAAAGAAGCGUACGUCAUGCUCUCCAUUGUUCUUAGCGCUCAUCGCCCCCUCACCCUCGCCGAGUUUCGAUAUGUCAUGGUGCUGCACGGCGACGUAGGUUUUACCUCGCACGAGCUACUCGAGAAGUCCCCCAACAUGGUCCAAGAUGACGAUGCUAUGCGAAGGCGCAUUCGAAGUAGGUGCGGUGGUUUGCUUGAGGUCAAAGAGGUCCAAGACUCGCGGUCCGAUGACACAUCCACCGCAGCACCGGAUCAGGUCAUCCAAUUUAUGCACCAAUCAGUCGGGGACUUUUUGCUAUCUCGGGCGGAAAAGUCCAGCGAUACGAAGUUGACAGCGUUGGGGACACAAGGGCAAGUUACUCUAGCCACCUGCUGCACACGAUAUAUUUCACUCAAAGAGGUGCAGGGCCUAGGGCCUGAGAUCAAAACGGGGAGCAGCUCAAGCAAGCACUUCCAAGCAUUCAUUCGAAAGAAAUUUCCCUUCUUAGCGUAUGCCGUCGAGUUUUGCUUUCACCACUGCGAGGAGGCCGAGAAGCUGAAAAUGCCCCUCGCCGAAUUGAUCGACAAGCACUUUGAUGCUGAAGAGAAAACUUUCCAAACCUACCUCUCCAUCUACGAUUGGAUCCGCAAGGGGGAAAAGCACCCCCGAGGGUACACCCUACUUCGGUUGUGUGUAGAGAAGAAUCUCGCGUCAUACGUAGACCUCAGGCUAACCAAAAACUCGACGGACAUUAAUGAGCUGCUCGAGAAAGGCCAGUCUUACGUCCAAGUCGCCGUGGAAAAGGGACACAAGCAAACACUAGAGGUUCUACUUAAGCACAAGGCCCAUGCCAAAAUGCCGAUUUCCUAUUUCCAUUCGGCAAAUACACUUCGCCGACUGCAGUAUAAAUUACCGCACGAAUUCCCCUACGAGUGCCUCCCACCUCUUGUGACCGCGUGCAAGGAUGGAAACCUCGAGCUCCUCGAGUUACUUCUCGCCAACGGUGCUGAUGUCAAUGAAAACUCAGUGGAGCUUCCUGGCCUACGUUUGAAUCAGUCUCUGAUCGCGGCCGCCUAUUCUGGAAAACUCGAGGUGGUUGAAAAAGUGCUCAACGCAGACUCAGAGGCUUUCUCAGACCCUCAGAUCCGCUUGAGUACCAUGGUCGGUCUCAUUGACAUCUUCAGAGAGCCGCUCUAUGCCGGACACCGACGAUAUGGCAAGCACACACCAUCGCGACGGAGCCGCGCUAGUCUCGAGAUUUCCCAACGUAUCCUACAAGGCAUAGAUGUCAGUCUUAUCGACUUCGACUUGAUCCCGGAGAGCCUGUUUUGGUACCUCACGGGCUGUGAUGACGACAUUUUACGGAACUUAGUCAAGAUUGGCACCGACUUCUCAGGAGGUAUUAAUGAUUCGUCCUUCCUCCACUACGCGUGCCAUCUAGGGAGCGUCGAUUCUGUUCACGUCCUGCUCGAGAAUGGCGCCGAUCUCCGCAUGACGCAUGGGCCCGACAUGAUGACUUACCUUCAGCUAGCGAUACACAACCCAUCCCCAUCAGUUCUGUCUUACCUACUAAGCCUUGGGCGAAUAGCAGUCGACGAAGUUGACCUGCUAGGAAAAACAGUGUUGCACGACGCGGCGAGACAGAAAGCAGAAGAAUUCAUCAACGUUCUUCUUUCCUACGAAGCGGACAAGACCAUUCGCGACUUCAAAGGCCACCGCCCAUUCCAUAAAGCACUGGAGAAUCGUUGUCUGAAGGACCAGGUGGCCAUGCUUGAGACGCUCCAAGUCGACGAAGAUGACAUCAAUCACAUCGACAUCAUCGACGGUGAGACCCCUCUGCAUCUAGCGGCGGCUGCGGGGUCCGUCCACGCCGUGCAGUGGCUCCUCACCAAGGGCGCAGAUAUUGCCUCGAAGGAUUUCAUUGGCAAGACUGCCAUCCACGCCGCGGCAUCUUCGUUAUCGCCCGAUUCGCCGGAUGUCCUCACCACGCUCCUAGAAAAUAACAAGCUCGCUGCCUUGGUAGGCGACGACGCGCGAAUGACUCCACUUCACCAUAUUUUGUAUAGCUACGACUACGACACCCCCGGACGACAGCUCAUCGACCUUGAUCCUGACGUGGCGAUGGCCAAGGCCAAGAUCCUACUAAAAAACGGCGCAGAUGUAAACGCGCAGGAUAUCAAUGGCAACUCACCACUGCAUCUCGCUGCGUGGAGGGCAUCGCCUGAUCUCUUUCCCACUCAAGAUUCUUCAUCGCUACAGAAGAAUUUCACUGAAAAAGAGAUCAACUCCGGUAAGACAGUGGGAACCACCAUGAGAUCUGUUAAACGCCCUAAUUUCCUCAUUAUCGUGGCCGAUGAUCUGGGGUUCAGUGACACGAGCCCCUUUGGCUCAGAGAUCAAGACGCCUGCUCUCGCGAGGCUUGCCAAAGAUGGUGUUCGGUUCACGAAUUUCCAUACCGCUUCAGCAUGCUCUCCCACGCGUUCAAUGCUCUUUUCGGGCACGGAUAAUCACAUCGCGGGACUAGGCCAGAUGGCGGAACACAUGGGUGACAGAGAGCUGUUCAAGGGAAGGGAGGGGUAUGAAGGAUACCUCAAUUUCCGGGUCGCUGCUCUAUCUGAGUUGCUCCAAGAUGCUGGGUACUUGACCCUAAUGUCUGGAAAAUGGCACCUUGGCGCCGCCAAAGAACACGCACCCUGCUCCAGAGGAUUUGACAAGGGCUUCGUUUAUCUGCCAGGCAGUGGAAACCACUAUAACUACGAGCCACAGUUCAAGGAGGGUGAGGCGCGCCCGUCACUGGCUGUUGCCGACCCCACCACAUUUUGGAUGCGCGAUGGUACUUAUCUCAACCGAAAUACGGGGCUACCUGAAGAUUUCUACUCGACAAAGACCUUCGCCGACGAGCUGAUCGGAUACCUCGCCAAGCGAACUCACGAAGAAAAAGAGAAACCCUUCUUUUCAUACCUAGCCUUUACUGCCCCGCAUUGGCCUCUCCAGGCGCCAAGGGAAGUGAUCGAUCUCUACAAAGGUGUCUAUGAUGACGGACCGGACGCACUACGGAAACGCCGCCUCGAAAAGCUGAUAGAACUUGGGCUCGUGCCAAAGGAUGUAGAGCCGGCUCCCAUGACUGGUCUACUAGACCGUGGGUGGGAGAAGCUCACUCCAAAGGAACGAGCCGAGUCCGCACGGAAGAUGGAGGUGUUUGCAGCCAUGGUGCACGUUAUAGACCAGCAUAUCCAGCGCGUUGUGAAUCACCUGGAGGCUUCCGGAGAGCUAGACAACACCUUUAUCUUAUUCAUGUCUGACAACGGCGCUGAAGGAACGCUUUUAGAGGCGCUUCCAAUGCUCGGUGGCACCACGAGUCUUGGCGCUUUGAUCGACAAGCAUUACGAUAAUUCCUUGGCCAAUAUUGGCAACAAGGAUUCAUUCACGUGGUACGGUCCAGCCUGGGCUUGCGCGUCUAUGGCCCCGUCUAGGGGAUUUAAGACAUGGAUCACGGAAGGGGGGAUCCGAUGCCCCUGUCUCAUCCGCUACCCUCCUUUAACCGCAGCUUCAGCUGGCACAUCGCGGCCCUGCGCUCCCGGAACGCACACAAACGAAUUCACAACGGUUAUGGACAUCUUGCCCACCAUGCUCGAUCUCGCUGGUGUUUCCCAUCCCUAUCCAACUUCGUUUCGUGGUCGAGAAGUCGUGCCUGUCCGUGGCCGCUCGUGGGUGCCGCAUCUUGCUGGCCGUGCACCCGAGGUACAUGAUAAAGAGACGACGAUCACAGGAUGGGAGCUCUUUGGUUUGCGGGCGAUUAGGAAGGGGAAGUGGAAGGCCGUGUACAUGACUCCACCGAGGGGUAAGGAUACUUGGGAGCUAUACGACAUUGACAACGACCCGGGUGAGCUGCAUGACAAGGCGGAGAGCGAGCCUGCUGUGCUAGAGGAGAUGGUUCAGCAUUGGAAUGUCUACUACAGCGAAACUGGCAUGUUUGACCCUGAUGUUGUGUUUCAUGUUGUCAAGGAUAAACGAGUAACUUAA